AUGAAAUUCGCUAUUGUUGUCCUUGCCUGCCUUUUGGCCGUUGCCUACGCCAACGAAGAAGCUGAUGUUGUCAAAGAAUAUCGUGAAGUUAACAUCGAAGAUUUCAAAUAUGGCUAUGAAUUGACCAAUAAGAUUCGUGCCUUCCAAGAAGGCCACUUGCAAGACGAGAAAACUUGGCUCGUCAAGGGUGAAUACGAAUUCGUCACCAAGGAUGGCAAACACAUUAAAGUCACCUAUACCGCCGAUGAAUACGGUUAUCAUCCCAAAGUAGAACAUUCUCAAUAAAUUAGUCGAAUUCAUUUUAGG